GUCAUUGAUUAAUCGCACAGUUGAUGGGUCGUGUUCUCUGAUAUAGAUGGACGAACACAUAUUAAUUUCUAUUGUCUUGUUGGCUUUAAUUGUCUUUGAGUUGGUUACUGUAAUCCUUCCAUAUUUGAUCGAAGUAGGCAGCGUUCACUUUGGCAAACGUUUAUCGUGAAAAUUCGUGCAUGUUUGAGAAGAGAGAUCCAUUUUAAAGCUCAACAGGUUCGAUGUUGGCGUAUGGCUUCUGUGCUGCCGUCGGUGCUGUGGGAUUGUUCCUUCUUCUGGCCUUACUAGGAUGGUGGAUUUAUAUUCACAUUUCGCCAUUUCAUGUGACAGUUGGUCGGAUUCCUGGUCCCAGGUUCUACUUGCCUCUUUUGGGCAACAUUUUGGAAGUCGCCGGAAGACUAGAUCAUGUUCUCCAUACGUUCCAGCAAACGUGGACGGGAAGAUACGGAGAAAUUUACAGAGUAUUCCUUGGCUCCGUCGGCAUUUCUUCACCUGAACUGUUAGAGACCAUAUUGAGCAGCCAGAAGGUCAUCGAUAAGGGAGUUUCGUAUGACACAUUACAUCCCUGGUUGGGACCCGGACUUCUAGUGAGCUCCGGAAACCUGUGGAGAUCGCGACGAAAGCUGUUGACACCAGCCUUCCAUUUUAGUAUUUUGAAGAACUAUUUUGAAGUUUUCAAUGAGCAAAGUCGCAUUCUGUCCGGAAUUAUUGGAGAAAUGUGCAAGUCGUUUCCAGGAGGGAAAGGAAAAAUGGAUGUCUAUCUAUAUACGAGAUGUUCUCUGGACAUAAUUUGUGAGGCUUCGAUGGGGACAAGGAUUAACGCGCAAACACAGGAUUCUGAUUAUGUUAGGGCAGUCUGCAGGAUUGGACAGCUCUUAGUGGAGAAGAUGCUAAAGCCGUGGCUGGAACAUCCAUUGAUGUUUUCACUGUCAGCAUUGGGGAGAGAGCACAAUCAACUGUUGGAGAUUCUUCAUGGGUUUACAGAGAAUGUGAUCCGGGAAAGGCGGAAGACUUUAAGUGAGAAAGAAGACGUGGCAAAAGAAAUGGACACUGGAAUUAGAAACAGAUUGCCCCUCCUCGAUUUGUUGCGUCGGAGAGCGUCGGAUGACGGAGGUGUCUUGUCAGACCAAGAUAUAAGGAAUGAAAUUGAUACUUUCAUGUUUGAGGGACAUGACACCACGACUUCGAUGAUGGGUUGGUUUCUUUAUUGCAUGGCAGCCAAUCCCGAAUGCCAGGAGUUAGCGUGUAUGGAACUAAGCACUGUGUUUGGGGAGUCGGAAAGGGAUUGUUCUCAUGAGGAUAUUCCCAAUUUGAAGUAUCUUGAAUGCUGCAUCAAGGAAACAUUGAGACUUUAUCCUAGCGUUCCCGCUUUUGAAAGGGAUGUCCGCGAAGAUAUUCAUAUCGGUAAGUAUAAAAUUCCUGCCGGAUGUACGUUGGGGUGUUUUUCUUUUGCUACACAUCGUAAUCCGAGAGUGUUUCCAGAUCCUUUGAUUUUCAAGCCUGAUAGAUUUCUUCCGGAUGAGGCUAUUGGGCGGCAUCCUUAUGCGUACUUCCCGUUUAGUGCUGGACCUCGCAACUGCAUCGGACAACGGUUCGCGAUGUUGGAGGGGAAAGUAAUUUUAUCAACUCUACUUCGCCGUUUCAAAUUCGAAAUGUGCAGAGCAAACAAGCAAACAAGGGUGUAUUAGGCCCGAGGAAGUUCUAGAUAUCUAUCUAUUUCAAGAAGACAUGGACUGUUAUGGUAAUUCCGGAAGAAACAGGAGUUCAACGCAAAAAAUUUGACUCAUCGUCCCGGCGCAGUUUUGCCUUUUCCAGUGAAACGCCUCAGGUGACAAUGUCAUCAGCAAGAUAACUUGGGCUGCUCGUGAUUUUUGCCUGUAUUGGGUGGUGGAUUUACAUUCGUACUUCACCUUUUCACAUAGCAGUUAAUCAAAUUCCGGGAACGAAAAGCCAAUUCAGAUCAUUUGCUUUUCAAGCCUGAUAGAUUUCUUCCGGAUGAGGCAAUUGGGCGGCAUUCCUAUGCGUACUUCCCGUUUAGUGCUGGACCUCGCAACUGCAUUGGGCAACGAUUGGCAAUGUUGGAAGGGAAGGUUGUUCUAUCAACUCUACUUCGCCAAUUUAAAUUUGAAGUGUGCAGUGCAAAGCCAUUAAUUCCUUCAAAUCAGCUUAUAGUGAAGUCUGUAACUGGAAUGAAUUUAAUGGUUUCUUGUCGUUGAAGAUAUUCUACUAACAGGUUAGUUUUCCAAGUAAAGUUAUGGCAAUUGCCGAAAGGCUGUUUUGCUUGAAAUUUGAGCUUUACGUUCUAUUAAAUACAAUCACUACACUGGUAAGGUCGUUAGGUGUCACCUUUCCAAGUAAAUCAUGUUGUUUACUGUU